AUGAUUUUUCAACUUUUUCUUGUUGCUGCACUCCACCUCCCUUCUACUACUGGAUUUGGGAAUGCCCUCUUUCAAAAGGCACCCAGUGCUCAACAAAAAGCGCCCACUCGAACACCGGAUCGAGUGGAGAUUGAAUUACCUGAUUUUGACGAACUUUUCAGCCGUGUACAACAAGUCUCGCCCCUGGCAAAGGUUGCCAUUGAAUCCGCAAACGAUGUCGCCGGCUACACUGCUGGAUUUGGUGAAAUUGAGGAGAAUCCAAACUUGAAAUGGAAAAAGGUAGACUCGAGCAAAAACAAGUUUGGUGUUCACAAAGUUGAGAAGAUUGACAAUUUUCAGGGAGUCGGAGUUCCAAUCCUGCGCUUUCGGGCAACACUGGAAGGCCCAUGCAUUGGCGAAGGAUUUGCAAAUUUCAUAAUGAAUACAGAAGAUCGAAAGAAAUGGGACUCGCAAAUUGAUAGUGUAUACGAAGCAUACCCCAUCCUGGACCUCGAUGCCGCCAAUAUCGCAAUGGGAUUCAAAUAUGGCGACUGCUCUCGUCUUGGAGUUGGACAUUGUGUUACCAAAGCAAAUCUUGGAAUCGACGCUCGCGAACAAUUGACGGUGUGUGGAAUCAAUGAUUUUGCGGAUGGGAGUUGCAUCAUUUGGGGUACCGAAAUGGAAUCCUGGCACGAUAAUCUGUUACCUCCUGGAAAACGUGUGACACGAGCCAAGAGUCACAUCUUCAGCACCACACUUGUUCCUACAUCAGAGAAUACAAUGGAUGUAGAGUACGUGCUACAACUAGAGAUUGGAGGAAAGAUCCCAAAUUGGAUGACUUCACCAAUCAUUGUGGACAAUGUCAAGAAGCUCUUUCGUUGUGCAGGGGACUUUUACAACAACAAGGACGGCGAACUGGAUAACUUCCUAGCCGAAAAGGCGCUCGUACAGAGUGAUUUGUAA